AUGUGCUUGAUAUCUGACUACCUCGGGCGGAAGGGGUAUACAGUCUUAGAAAUUAUUGAUCAAUCAGUGCAUCGAACAAUUUAUAAAGCCAGGCAUAACAAGACAGGAGCAAUCGUCGUAAUUAAAGUUUUACCAAACUCAAACAAUUCGCACCGUAGAAACGUAUACGAUCAUGCCCAUGAAAUCCAAAUUAUGAAAAUGCUCGAUCAUCCUCUUACCGUGGACUUUUAUGAUGCUUUUUCAGAUGACGAAAGAACUUAUAUUGUAAUGGAGUAUCUUCCACGCGGAAGUCUCUUCGAAUACAUACUCCAGAAUGGAAAGCUCUCAGAACAAAUCUCGAAUAACAUAUUUACCCAACUAAUAUCUGCCAUUGAUUACUUACAUAACGAACUUCAUAUAGUCCAUCGAGACAUUAAGGCGGAAAACGUCCUUUUAGACCAAAACUUCAAUGUUCGUCUGAUUGAUUUUGGCUUAGCCGGCCGAAUUUCUAAGAUUUUCCCUAAGCUUGAUUUCUCUUGUGGUUCGAUAGGAUACAUGGCUCCAGAGAUCUUUUCAGGCCAUGGUUAUGAUGAACAAGUCGACAUUUGGAGCACAGGCGUCCUUUUAUUUGCCCUUCUCACAGGAUAUCUUCCAUUUUCGGGCCAAAACUCGUCCGAUAUUAAGCAUAAUAUUCUCCAUCAGAAUAUUGAGUUCCCAGAUUAUCUUUCCAAAGAUGCCAAAAAUUUACUUUCGAAAAUGCUCGAAAGGAACCCAACAAAGAGGAUUUCGAUCCAAGGAAUUAAGCAGCAUAGCUGGUUCUCCUUCAACCAGUACAACGCCAUCUCAGAUUUCACUCAUCGCAUUGGACAUAUUAAUUCCAUCAUUUUGAAGCCAGAUCAGCUCAUUCUAGCCGAUAUAGAAGCGCUCGGGAUAAAGACAGAGAAUCUCGGAACAUCUCUCUUUAUGAAAGAUUGCACAGAAGCAACUACAGCGUUCAAGAUAAUUAGGAGACAAAGAAUUGACUCAGAAAUGUUAUAUUAG